AUGAAGCACCCGCUGUUUGCGUACGAGAAGAACGAGCAUGAAACGAUGGAGUGCCGGUUCCGACUCGUGUGGUGCCCCAUGGGCUGCGGCCAGCACGUGGUCGCCAACACCGUCCAAACCCAUCAAGCAGUGUGCGGCAUGCGAUUCUCCACGUGUUCCCUCGGCUGUGGCGUCGAAAUGAGAGAAAAAGAUCGGCUCGACCACGAACAGUUUGAUUGUUUGUAUCACAAGAAGUAG